CUAUACGAUAGAUUUGAUUCUCUCGCAUGAGGAAAAGAACUCUUCAGAUACUGAAAACGAUAGUGAAGUAAAUCUCUUUGCUACAGAAGCAUUUGGUAAGAUCUUUGAAGGCUUAGCAGAUUGUUUGACUUCUCCCAGAAAGACAUCAGAGGAUCUGGAAUUAUGUCGGAAUGUAAUAAUGAUCUUGGCCUUAGCAGCUUCUUCAGGAAACUCUGGCUAUGAACUGCUCUCAAAUCACAAACUACCUCAAGAUACCAACUUUUUAAUGGUGAUACUUCAUCUUUUAGUUGCAGAAAUAGACUCGGAAUCAACAGAGUUUCGUCCAAAAGCGGAAAUCUUGAAAGCGAGGACAUUAUUGAUGAGAGAGAUACUGAUAUUACUAAACAGACUUGUCUCUGGCUUGUCAAGCUCUGCUACUAUUCUAAAAGAACUAACAAAGAGCAGAGACAUGGCGAGUCUAACAGUUGAUGCAGCCACAAGAUUAUCCCGUAAAAGAAACUUACUAGGACAACCUGAAAACAGUGUUCAGAGAAUGAGGAAUACAGAAAUCAUGGAUUUAGCCCGCAUUUUCAAGAGACGGGUUUUCGCCUUCUUAGGCGACAAUACUAUAUAAAUACAAACAUUAUCGGGGUUGUUGAGUUCAUUGAGUUCUCUUUUUUGAGCAUAGAGAACUGCUAAUUUUGAUUGAAGGAGCAUAGUAGAUUUGAAAUUGUCUUCAGAUUAACACGCUAAUAUUAUUAGAUUUUUGAGUAAAUGAUACUUUUUUUCUUUCUUUA